AAGAAAUUUCACUCGAGUCUGUAGGCAGAGAGUUGUAUAAGAAGAUUAUGAAGUCCCUGAUCGUCCUUUCCGGAUUAUUUCUGACCAUUGUGGCUCAGACGGAUGUUUUUGGAUGGUUUCGGAGUUAUAAUUAUCAACCUUCCGAAUGCAGACUUCCAAUGCAGUCAGGAACUUCUCGACUGAAGCUCCAGUACGGACAAACCAACUGGUUCUACAAUGCUUCAUCCCAACAAUGCGAACCAUUCGAAUACUACGGAAGGGGAGGCAACCGAAAUCGCUUCCGGACCCCAAUACAUUGUCUGCGCAGAUGCGGUUGCCAGCUCAGAGAAGAUCCGGGCUACUGUCCUAACUCGACGAUAUCUGUGAUUCGCUACGCUUAUAACCGCCUCUGGAGAUUCUGUACGGAGUUUGAGUAUUAUGGCUGUGGCGGAAAUAUGAACAAUUUUGCAACCUUCUUCGAAUGUCAGUUUGGAUGCGGAGGAUUUGAUUGAAAAUUAUUCUCCACUGGAAUCAGUUGUGCGUAUGGUUUUCUCAGGAGGAAAUAACUCUGGCGCUGAUCUUGAAAAAAUACCUAGUUAAGUUUAUAUGGAUUGUCUUUCUUUGAAAGUUGGACCAAGAAAUUUAAA